GUGUACCCUUAGAACAUGUCUAUGUUUUCUAAUGUGACACUGCGAGUGUCUGGAAGCCGCAGUGGAUUGUGGGUACAUCGUCACUCCGCCAUAUUAGUCCGACACCGGCUGGAGGAGUUUGCAGUCAUGAGAGGAAUUCGUUCCUUCAACAACCUCUCUAAACGGGGCUAUGCUGCUGCCAGACGAAGUGAACCCCUGACUCAGCACUUUGAUGCUACCCGCAAGCCCUCACCAGCACCACCGACCCCUCCUCAACAUGUCCAGGUGUCCAAGCUCCCAAAUGGUCUGGUGAUAAUGUCCUUGGAGAACUACUCACCCAUGUCCACCGUGGGGGUGUUUGUGAAAGCAGGGAGUCGCUAUGAGACCGUGGAAAACCAGGGUGUGUCUCAUGUGCUGCGGCUGGCUGCAAACCUGACUACUAAAGGUGGCUCUGCCUUCAAGAUCUGCCGCAGUGUGGAAGCUCUGGGAGGCAGUCUGAAUGUAACAUCAUCCAGGGAAGCUAUGGCCUACACUACAGACUGCUUAAGAGAUCACCUAGAUCAAAUAUUUGAGCAUUUGGUCAACGUGACCACGGCUCAGGAGUUCAGGCCUUGGGAAGUGGACGACCUGACAUCCAGGGUGAAUAUUGACAGAGCUUUGGCUCAGCAGUCUCCUCAAAUAGGUUUGUUAGAGAAGUUGCAUGAAGCGGCGUACAAAAACGCCCUGUCCAACUCUUUGUACUGCCCCGACUACAUGAUUGGCCGCGUUUCUCCGGAAAAACUGCAGUUAUUUGUCGAAGACCAUUUCACUUCUAGCAGGAUGGCUCUUGUCGGACUUGGUGUAACGCACUCUGUAAUGCGGCAACUGGGCGAGGGGCUCAUGAGUGUCCGCAGUGGGGCCGGAGCUCCUGAGACUACGGCAGUUUACCGUGGAGGGGAGCUUCGUAUGCAGAACAAUGACUCCCUGGUUCACGCGCUGGUUGUCAGCCAAGGUGGCGUGAUGGCCGGCGCAGAGGCGAACGCAUUUGUGGUGCUGCAAAGGAUCCUGGGAGCUGGGCCGCAUGUAAAGCGAGGUGCCAACGUUACCAGCAAGCUGAGUCGGGGUAUUGCUGAAGCAACCACACAGCCUUUUGAUGCCUCAACCUUCAACACUUCAUACUCUGACUCCGGUCUGUUUGGGAUCUACACCAUCUCACAAGCUCAUGCUGCCGGAGACGUGAUCAGAGCUGCUGUUGCGCAAAUAAAAGGUGUGGCUGAGGGCAACGUGUCUGCAGAGGACAUCACCAGGGCAAAGACUCAGGCUAAAUGUGAAUAUCUGAUGUCAAUUGAGAGUUCUGAGAGUCUGAUGGAGGAGAUGGGUGCUCAAGCUCUGACAACUGCAGCGUACCAGCCUCCUGAGGCGGUUCUCCAGGCUAUUGACGCCAUCACCCAGGAGGAUGUGGUCAAGGCUGCAAAGAAAUUUGUGGAGGGUAAGAAGACCAUGGCAGCUAGUGGACAUCUUAUUAAUACACCUUUUGUGGAUGAGUUAUGAAAUGCCAAGUAAACCAGCAAUAAUCAUUUUAUGUGGGUAUACGCAACAAAGAAACAUCAAGGACCUUGAAGCCACAGAUUCAUGUACGCUCAUUUGAUGUGACCUCUUUUUUUGUCCAUUUAUCUGUACAUCUUUGUAAAUUAAAAAAUAAUGACCGUA